AUGGGUCUGUUGAUAGAACACAUUGGUCCCGCGGGACUUAGAGCCUUGCGAGUAAGCAAGAAUGCAGUCGUUGCAGAUGCUAUAGCAGGAUCACAUUGGACCCUUACACAUCCACGUUCUCAAGAGGAAGUUGAUUUACAUGCUCACUUUACGACUAUAACCUUGCCAUUAAAUGUUGAUGUUUGUGAUGAUUACGAAUGGGUGGCUGGUGAUUCUUCUUUACAUGUUUUCAGGUCUUCCACAACGUGGGAAGUGCUCAGGUCGCGUCAACAGAUCAAAAAUUGGGUGGAUGUGGUCUGGUUCAAAGGAGAAAUUCCGAAGCAUAGCUUCACUAUGUGGAUCGCAAACUACGACAGGUUGCCUACACGAUCAAGACUUGCAGCAUGGGGAUUACCGGUCUCACCCUCCUGCUCUUUUUACUCCAACUUCGAAGAGAUGAGGGAUCAUCUCAUGCUUUCAUGCGAAUACAUUCAAGAAGUUUGGAGGGAGGUCCUGCUCAGAUGCCAGCCACCAAACACCAUGUUCGCAGACUGGUCAGAGCUCUUGUCCUGGAUCAGAGCUGCAUCUUCUUCCAAACUUUCUCUCCUUAGGAAGCUAGCUGUUCAGACGGUGAUAUACCAUCUAUGGAAGCAGAGAAACAACCUGGUACGCAAUCAAACAUAUAUCUCAGUAGCAGCUGUGUUCUAUGGCAUUGGCAAAGACCUACAGAACAUCAUCUCAUCAAGGAGGCGUAGGAAACAUUUUGAUUCACUUAUGGCCAUGUGGCUAAGAUAA